AUGUCUUUACAGGUGUCUUGUGCGCCUCUGUUCCUUUCGAGUACUCCGUUUGGAAACCCGAGCGCAUGCUCGCCAGUACACACAGGACAACUUUUCAGCACUAUAUCCUCUAGCAUGGAAAAUACUAGAGCUGUGCCACUGCGUCUCGACUUGGAUGGAGGAGCACCCUAUGCUGCUGCAAGUAGCGACCCAAGGGCUAGCUCUUCUCCAGGAGCCCAGUCAGCCUCAAUGGCCAUGACUGCUUCGCCAUAUCCGACUCCCACUCCGUCGACCUCGUCGAUGCAGACGAUUCCCUCUGAUGCACUUGUCGAACGAGAAUCAAAACGACCGCGAAUUAUUAGCCGUCACUCUGGCGCAAUCCCCAACACCUCGACCGAUCUGCACAGCCCAGCAGUACACCAGAGCAUCGAAGAGGCGCACGAUCAUCUUAGCAUCAAUUAUUCACAAGUCUCUGAGAUGGUCAGCCAACCAAGUUCUACCAUUGGAGUAGUCACAUCAUCUACGAUGCCGUGCGACACAUACCCCGUCGUGGGAACUCCAUAUUGGAGCAACAACUCUCUCAGUGUAGACGCCAUGGGCAAAUCUACCUCGGAAGGCAGCAACUCAAACAACAGCAAUCUUGGACGCCAAGAACAGAUGCCUGGUGGGCCCCAUUCCCAAUUGUAUGGAAAUAGUGUGGCUUGGGGAAGCCAAGAUAUGACCAUGACAAUGAAUCGCAUGCAAGAAUACGUCCCACGGCGGAUGACACACAACUCUUGGGAAUGCGAGGUUCCGUCCCAUCAUCAACAACAGCCACAGCAGCCUCACCAACAGAUGCGUCCCGACGAUAACCUCGCAUCGCCGUACGAGUCGUCGUCCUCCUCGGCCGUAGGCAGCCACCCUCAAUUGUACGGCGACUACUUGACUGUAAACGCCCCAUCAGCGCACCGCAUAGUGCCCUCCAACGCAUACCCAACUCCCGGCAGCAUCUCGACGACACCGAGCAGGCCUCACCAGACCCCCGGCACCACUGCGGCCUGGCCACGGCCGACUUUUCAUACGGGCCCCGGCGGCGGCGGCGGCGGCGGUGGUGGCGGCGGCGGCAGUGGCAUAUCCGGCAGCGUCGCCGGCAGCCUGCCGAGAGACAUUAAGCCCAAGAUUCUACCAUCCUCGACAGCAGCGAGCCAGCCCACAAAGAGCUCGGUAUUACAGGAUAGCGACCGGACCAAGAGCAGCAGCAGCGGCGGGGGCGGGGGCGGCAACGGCGGCGGCAACAGCGGGGGCGAGCGCAGCACCACCCACAACGACGUGGAGCGCAAGUACCGCACCAACCUCAAGGACCGCAUCGCCGAGCUCCGUGCCGCUGUGCCGGCGCUGCAAGCACAGCUGCAGGACGGCGAGUCGGACGGCGGCACGUCGAGCAGCGCGCCCAAGGUCAGCAAGGGCACCGUCCUGCGGCAGGCCACCGAGUACAUUCGGCAGCUGGAGCAGGCCAACCGGGCCAUGAUGAUGGAGCACCAGCAGCUCGUGGAGCGGUUGCAUACGCUCGAGGCCAUGCUUCAUCAGGGCGGCACGGGCGGUGAUGAUGAUGGGCGGCGACAUCACCCCGAGUCCCAGUACACGGCGAAUUCGCACGACGGCAUGGCCAUGUUUGACCCUCGCGGCUUUAGCUGA